AUGGUUUUGAGCAAGCAUAUUAAUUCCUUAGAAUUGGAAUCAACUAUUUUGAAAAACUUACCAAAGGCCAGAUUGGAUAAUUUGGAAUACAUUGACCAAUACGAUUCACAACGUUUGAUUCCUCGUUUUGAAAUUCCGUUCAAGUCUUCGGAUGGUAGUUUGAUUCACAAGUAUUUAAAUCAGGAAUUGACGCUUGAUGGUAAUCCAACAUUGAAUCUUGCCUCAUUUGUCAAUACCUGGGUUGACCCAACACAAAUUGAGAUUGCAGUGGAGAAUUUGACCAAGAAUCUUGCUGAUAAUGAUGAAUACCCUUCAUUGAUUGAUAUCCAGGCCAGAUGCAUCACCAUGUUGAGCAAUUUAUGGCAUGCUCCCAGCAGGAAAGAUGAGGCAGGAAACAAGAUUGUGGACUCCAUUGGAACUGCUACAACUGGGUCAUCUGAAGCCAUUAUGUUGGCUGGGUUGGCAUUGAAGAAGAGAUGGCAAGAAAAAAGACUAGCUGAAGGUAAGGAUAUUAGUAAACCUAAUAUCUUGAUGGCUACUUGUGCUCAAGUUGCAUUGGAGAAAUUUGCUGUUUAUUUCGAUGUCGAGAAUAGAUUGAUUCCCAUUUCACCCGAAUCAGGUCAUGUAAUCGAUACCAGCAAGAUUCGGGAGAAUAUAGAUGAGAAUACCAUUGGUAUUUUUGUCAUUCUUGGAUCAACAUUUACUGGUGCGUUUGAGCCAGUGGAGGAGAUUGCGCAACUCUUGGAUGAGCAUGAGAAGGAGACUGGGUUGGACAUUAGAAUCCAUGUUGAUGGUGCAAGUGGUGGAUUUGUUGCGCCAUUUGCAUUCCCCAAUUUGAAGUGGGAUUUCAGUAUUGAUAGAGUUGAUUCGAUUAAUACUUCGGGCCACAAGUUUGGUAUGACUUCGGUUGGUUUGGGUUGGGUUAUAUGGAAACAUGCCGAUUUAUUGCCCAAGCAAUUGAAGUUCAAUUUGGACUAUUUGGGUGGUGUAGAGGAGACUUUUGGCUUGAAUUUCUCAAGACCGGGUUUCCCAGUGAUUAUGCAGUACUACAACUUUUUGACCUUGGGUAAAGAAGGGUAUGCUGCUGUAUUUGAUGGAUGUAUGUCGAAUGCUAGAUUGUUGUCUGAUUACUUGUCUGAGUCCAAAUACUUUGAAGUAGUUUCCAACAUUCACAAGAGGCUAGAUGAAGCUGGUCAAAAGAAGGCAUAUACAAAGGAAUCGCACCACCAAUUGUCUGAUAUAUGGACUAUUAACCAACAAUUUGAGCCUGGUUUGCCUGUUGUUGCAUUUAGGUUCAGUAAAGAGUUUAGAGAUAAGUACCCUGAAGUUCCUCAAGAGUUGUUUUCAACCUUGUUGCGUAAGCAUGGCUACAUUGUUCCAAACUACCAUUUGCCACCAACCGAAAAUGAUGUUGAGAUUUUGCGAGUUGUUGUGCGUAACUCAAUGAGUUUGUCGCUUAUGUCCAAGCUUGUGAGUGAUUGUACAAAGUCUGCUGAGUUGUUGGUUAAAGCAGCGGAAUUUGUGAGAAACUAUGACCAUACAAAGGCGGACAAGACACUGGAGCAAAGAACCGAGUCGAUCCAUGAGUUGUUGUUGACCAUUGCUUCUGGUGGUACUGCGCAAGUAAAGAAGGAGCAACACGAAAAGACUGGUCAUGAAUCAGGUAAACACAAGACAUCAUACCGUGGAACAUGUUAA